AUGCCUCGGUUUGGGUUUUCCAAAGACGACGAGGACAGCAAGAAGGCUAGUCUGUUCAGCAGGAAGAAGGGCAGCAACAACACGCAGGACGACAAUCCGUACGCACAGCAGUCUCAACAGCCUGACCCUUACGCCGCACCAAUGUCAUCUCUGCAACGCCAGCAGGCAAGCAUGGGCCUGCCAGUCCGGGGUGGACGUGGUGGCCUGCCGAGCGGGCCUGGUCCCAGAUCAAAUGCUGGCCCGCCGCCGCCUCGUGGCGGCCCGAGCCCCAACGCCAACCCUUACGCUUCGGCCGCAGGCUACGGUGGCCCACCGGCCAAUGGCCCGGCACCGUAUGGUGGUCCUCCGCCGAACAACGCGCCUAGCCAGCAGAGCAACGGCUACAGCGCCGGCGGCUAUGGUGCAUCGGGUGGUUAUGGCAGCAACAAAUACGACAACGACUCGUCCUAUGGAGGCGGCCCCCCUCUUGGACGGCCCCCAACAUACAGAAGCACAGCUGAUAGCGAUGGCCCUGGAUCUGGAGGCGGUUACAGUGGUGGUGGUGCUGCCCGACUCAGUGCCCGACGAGGUGGCUACGGCGGCAUGGGUGGCGCCGACGACGAGGCUGACGACUCGAACCGCCAGGCUCUUUUUGGCGACGCACCACAAAAAUAUGCCGAGCGCCGCCAGGAAGCCUCCAGCAAGUACCCGAACCCCGCUGACAAUGGCGGCGGCUACGGCGCUGGUGGCGGUGAGGAAAGUGGCGGCUACGGCGCAGACCGCGAGCUGACGGCCGAGGAGCAGGAGGACGAAGAUGUCAAGCGCAUGAACCAGGAGACGCGGUACCUGCGAAACGAGACAGACCAGAGUCUCGACCGCUCGCUCAUGAUUGCCAACCAGAGUAUUGAGACGGCACGGGGAACAAUGGCGCGCAUGUACAACCAGCGCGAGCGGCUGCUGAAUGUGGAGAACAACCUCGACGAAGCGGCCAACCACAACAAGAUUGCCGAGCACCGCGCAGCGGAGCUGAAGCACUACAACCGCAGCAUGUUUGCCGUCAAGGUCAACAACCCCUUCACGUCCAAGCAGCGCGCGGCACAGCAGGCGCAAGCGGCCAUUGACGAGCACCGCAGCGAGCGGGAGCAGCGCGAGGAGACGCGCCGCUUGGCAUACCUCAGCAACCGCAAUGCCGAGCAAAACUUUGAGCAGCUGGAGCGGACGGCAGAGCAGAACCGCCGGCUUGGCCAAACUAAGUCGGGCAUUUCGAGCAAGUUCAACCUCGAGGACGAUGACGAGGAGGACAUCCAGAAAGAGCAGGCCAUCAAUCAGAAGAUGGACCUGCUGUCAGGCGCUGUUGGCACGCUGAAUAUGACGGCGAAGGCCAUGAACCAGUUUGCCACGGAGGAUCUGGAUCAUAUUGACAGAAUUGCUGCCAAGAGCGACACUGUCGACGACCAGGUGCGUGCCAACCGGUACAGACUAGAGCGCAUCGAAAAGGGCCGGUAA